AUGGGAGACGUGCAUGUCCAGGCCGCCGCCGCGCCGAGCGGUGAGGCAAUGACAGCGCUUGAUUUACACCAUCUCAUCUCACAAUUCUGUCAGCGCCCUGACCCUGCUGAAGUCGUCGCUGGGAGCGUAGACGCCUUGCCUGGAAGCUCUGCCCAGCGCGAGCACGCACUGCUCGAACUGAGCAAGAAACGCGAGCAGUAUGAAGAUCUCGCACUUGUGCUAUGGAAUAGCUUUGGCGUGAUGCCUUCGCUGUUGCAGGAGAUCAUCUCGGUGUACCCGCUGCUCUCGCCGCCGGUGCUCACUGCCCACGCGUCCAACCGCGUGUGCAACGCGCUUGCGCUGCUGCAGUGCGUCGCGAGCCACACCGAGACGCGUGGUGUGUUCCUCCAGGCACACAUUCCCCUGUUUCUCUACCCUUUUUUGAACACGACCUCCAAGUCGCGCCCGUUUGAGUACCUCCGCCUGACCUCCUUGGGCGUCGUCGGCGCGCUGGUCAAGCAAAACGACAACUCGGAUGUAAUUACCUUUUUGCUCUCGACAGAGAUCAUCCCUCUGUGCCUGCGUAUCAUGGAGACCGGCUCGGAACUCUCGAAAACGGUGGCUAUUUUUAUCGUGCAAAAGAUCCUCCUGGAUGACUUGGGUUUGAACUACAUCUGUCAGACCUACGAACGCUUUUACGCGGUGGCAACCGUGCUCAGCAACAUGGUCACGCAGAUCGUCGAGAGCCAGGCGAUUCGCCUGCUCAAGCACGUCGUCCGCUGCUACCUGCGCCUGAGCGACAACCCGCGCGCCCGCGAAGCGCUCCGCUCGUGCCUGCCGGGGCCCCUGCGUGACGCAACCUUCUCGCAGCUGCUCAAAAACGAUCACAUCACGAAGCGCUGCCUGGCGACGCUCUUGCUCAACCUCUCCGAUCGCGUGGAGACGUAG